UUACGAUGUAAUGUAGUGCUCAGUCUAUUUAUUGAAAAAUUGUAGAUUCCGCGAGCCAACAGGUGCUGAUAUGUAAAUCAAGCAGUCUUGUAGAAUACGACGCUGUGUAAAACACAAACUCUGGUUAAAGUAAACGGGAGUAUGACGUACAUUUGAACAAAAGCGGUAUUCCUUCUAGCCAUGACCAGGAUGGAGAGGACGGUCUUUUGCCCACACGAGAAAACGAGCCCCCUCUCACUAUAAAGGUUAUGUGGAAAAUAAAUGCCGAAACUAAGGUAUGUGGUAAACACAGGCUUAGAGUAUUUUAUACGUUUUGUUCGGUGAGAAUCUUCAUCAGCUAACGUUAGUGUUUGUGCAUUUUAAAGAAUGUAUGUACUUUUUUUUAAGCACAAAGGCUUCAUAAUUCAUUAGGGUAACAUUAACUGGCUGCUAUUAUCUCAUAGAACAAAACGUAUACGAACUCCUAAACCUGUGUUAACCUCAGACCUUAUUUUUCUACGUUUUAUUCCAAAAACCCUUUUAUUUUACUAUUCAUUUUAACCAUAGGGAUGGCUGAACGAAUGAGAGGGAAUUUAUUUCCGGGUUUUAGGACUACAAUUUGAAAGUGAGCGGUAAUGGCGUUUCCAUGGUAUUCGAAGAAAAGCCUGCGAAGCAAAGACGGCCUUUGGCUACAGCUAGCUAAUGAGCUAGAAGAUGGUGGCUGCUCAAUACUUCGUCCAACCCGUAAAAAAAGAAGGGAGGGCUAGAUUGGGAAGAUCAUGAUGAAGCUGAAAACCUGUCUUGUAUUCUCAUCUCAGUGACUCCACUCCCAUCUGUUCAGUUUGGUUACGAGCAGAUUUAGGAUUGAAGGGCUCUCUGCCUAGAUGACAAGCACACAGCCUACGUCCCUGAACACUGGUGAAAUUGCACAGGAACUAAGAAGAUGGAAAGACCUCUGAGGUUGUUUUUUUUUGACAGAACAUGGAAUUUGACUGUAAUUAGGAGUUGAAUGAAUGUUUAUAAUACUGAAUGAAGGAGAUUUAAAGGCAUCUAAACAUCAGUGGAUUGUGGAAAACAAAGUAAAGGUGGUGACCAGGCUCAUGGUGGGGAGGCAGGUAGCCUGAAGGGCCACCGGAGGGUCGACGGACUGACAUCCAGAGCCCUCUAAGCUGAUCUGAUUGUUUAAAAUACCAUUUACUGGAGAAGAGAAGAAACAAAAAUCAUCAUUGGUCUGUCUGUAAACAUAGCCGGAGACGGAGGGAGCUAGUGGCUGUGAAUGUGUGAAGCUCAUGUGCAGGUGUCCCUGGGCUAUGUAGCCAGACUUACACCUUGACAUGCUCCAGACCAGCAACUACUCGCUGGUCCUGAUGGUCCAGCUGGGUCUGCUGACCUAUGACCUGUUUGUCAACUCCUUCAGCGAGCUGCUCAGGGCAGCGCCCGUCAUCCAGCUAGUGCUGUUCAUUAUCCAGGAUAUAGCCAUCCUGUUCAACGUGAUCAUCAUUCUGUUGAUGAUGUUUAACACGUACGUGUUCCAGGUCGGUCUGGUCGCCCUGCUACUGGAGAGGUUUAAAGGCUUACUGAUGCUGUCUGCCAUCUACCUCACCCUCAGCAUCUCCUUUCACUGCUGGGUAGUGAACCUGAGAUGGCUGGAAUCCAAUCGUUUCAUCUGGACGAAUGGCCUGCAUGUCCUCUUCGUUUUCCAGAGGGUUGCUGCAGUGUUGUAUUACUACGUCUACAAACGGACAGCAGAGUGUCUGGGCGACCCGCGGCUGUAUCAGGAUUCUGUCUGGCUGAGGGAUGCCUUUGCCAGAGCUCGUCAGUGAGAUGGAGGAUAUGGAUGGAACAAUUACACCCCCAAAGGAUUUAUUACCAGGCCAGGCCUGCCAGGCUCUGUGGUGACUCACUGCCUGGGUGAGCCAUGUUCAUUAGGCAUGAAACGGAAGAAAACUGAAACGGGGAGGGACUCCCUGGCCUUGUCCAAUAAGAAUUAACCAUUAUUGUUUUCCCGCUUCAAAACGGUUUGCCCCACUGAAAAUGACUCGGGGCUAGGAUGGAGCUAACGGAAAAGUGAGAAACUGCAAUGGGUUUGUACAGCAGUGAUGGAUCAUCAAGUUAAUGUACCACACUACACAAAUAUGGACUGAUGUUGUGACAAGUAGACAAGACACUAAAGGCCAAUCUGAGGCAGACUUUCCUUCCUUUUAAACAGUACAUUAAUAAUGAUGGCUAUUAAUUUAGUGUUUUUACUAAAAUGGGAUACCGAAGCAUCCCAAACUGCACCCUAUUCCCUAAUAUAGUGCAUUAACUGGGGAAUAGAAUGCAAUUUGGGAUCCACGCCUGGUUCUGGAACAGUGUGUGUAUAUAUAGGAGUUGUUACUGGUUCCCCUCUCAGGUGAGAGAGGAAGUCCUGGGGCUCGAUUCAAUCCAGAAGGUCUGUUGUAGCGUGGUUGAAAUAUCAAGGUAAUUUCCUGUUGAGACGACGUAUGCAACGUUUACCGUGAAGGAAGUCUCCGCUAUAAUGCUGAUCUUCUGCGUUACAGAUUGAAUGGAGCUUCUUGGUUCAGUUUGUCUUGGAGAUAAGAUGUGCCGUUUACAAAAUGUAUGGAUAUUCGUUUUUUUUUUAAACCGUAAAGUUAAAAUUGUUAAUCCAACACCUUUUUUUCCUAAUUUUAUAAAUAAAAUGCCUGUUCUACAUGGA